AAUCGCCAAAUAUUAAAAUGUUUUAUUUUUAUAUUACCAAUACAAACACCUGCUACAUUAUAACAACUAAUUUCUGCAGCCCGGCGGAAGAGGGGUGAGUGCGUCUGCCUCACAAUACGAAGGUGCUGAGUAGUCCUGGGUUCAAUCCCUGGCUCGGGAUCUUUCUGUGUGGAGUUUGCAAGUUCUCCCCGUGACUGCGUGGGUUCCCUCUCACUUCCAAAGACAUGCACCUGGGGAUAGGUUGAUUGACAACACUAAAUUGGCCCUAGUGUGUGAAUGUGAGUGUGAAUGUUGUCUAUCUGUGAUGAGGUGGCAACUUGUCCAGGGUGUACGCCGCCUUCCACCUGAAUUGUAGUUGAAAUAGGCACCAGCGACCCCAAAGGGAAUAAACGGUAUAAAAUGGAUGGAUGGCAUUUCUGCAGCCCUAAUAUACAUAUGAAUAAAUAUGUAAAGUCCACUUACACAUGUACUACACAAGGUUCAUCCACUGUUCAAUGUUUUAUUUAUUUAUGUAUUACAAUUGCUUUAAGUUAACAAAGUCAAAACUAUUUCUUUUUUAAAUCUCCUAUGAGUAUUUAAUAUUUUAGAAGAGUAUUUUUUUAUUGUGUUGUCAUUAUUUUUUUUAAUGAUAGGUAAUGUGGGGCGGUAUAGCUCGAUUGGUAGAGCGGCAAUGCCAGCAACUUGAGGGUUGCAGGUUUGACCCCCGCUUCCGCCAUCCUUGUCACUGCCGUUGUGUCCUUGGGCAAGACACUUUACCCACCUGCUCCCAGUGCCACCCACACUGGUUUAAAUGUAAAAAAAAAAAAUAGAUAUUGGGUUUCGCUAUGAAAGCCCUUUGAGUCACUAGAGAAAAAGCGCUAUAUAAAUAUAAUUUGCUUCGCUAAAGUAAUGUACACCCAUGGGACAUAAUACAAGAGCUCCAUCCAUAAUUACACUUUUAUUAUUAUUAAUAAUGAAUAAGUUUAGAAUCACAAAUUGUGAUAUGCUUGUAUAUUGUACUUUUUAUUGCAAACACAGUACACACGUCCAUCAUGUGCCCUAGUAGCCUUUUUUAGUUUGCAUUGUACUACGUCAUAAGACAGACGACACCUACCGAGCAUAGUGUGUGCACACGCGGGACAGCGUCUCCUAGCAACUUCCCAGCCCCUCCUCCCGGAGCUGGAACAAGUGGACCGUCCGAAGACCUGUGGGAGGAGAUUAAAUAAAACGGAACGAUUGUUCGGAAUGUUGAAGAACUUUUACAUCGCACUUUAGCGUCAAAGCCCUUCUAUAAUGGAGGCGUCUGCGUCCGCAACGACCCCUGCAGACGGGUCGACGUGUGAGAAUUCGCCUCCAGGGGACCAUCUCCUGAUCUUGAAGGCUCUGACGGAGAAACUGAGACUCGAAACUAGGAGACCUUCCUACUUGGAGUGGAAAGCCGGGUUGGAGGCAGAACAGUUCACAGGGUUCGGAAGCGGAACAGUUGAAGCGGAAUCCGGCGGAACACGAAGACAUUCAGACACGAUUCGCUGCCAGUUGAGGUCAGGUGUCCUGAAGGUGUUCGAGAACGUCGACGAGGCUCUGAGUUGGCUCAGACAAGAACUGGCUGAGAUGCGUCUACAGGACCAGCACCUGGCGAGGCAGCUCAUCCGCCUGCGUAGCGACAUCAGCAAGAUGAAGAUCGAGCAGGCGUGUCAGCUGCAUCGCCGCAUGCUCAACGACGCCACCUAUGGCCUGGAGGAGCGCGACGAGUUGGCCGACCUGCUGUGCGAAUGUCCAGUCACGCCGGGUCUGGGCCUAUCGGCGCCGCUGCGACUCAUCGGAGUCACGAAGAUGAACAUUAAUUCUCGACGCUUCUCGCUAUGCUAGUCAUAUGUUAUGUUACUCAGUCUUUAGUAGACUAGCUGCUUGACUAAUCAUUUUAACACACAGCUAAUGGUGGAGGAAAACCUAAUAAAAUUAAAAACAUAUCUAGAAUACAGUGCAGCCGCAUAGUAUUCACAGCCCUUCACUUCUUCCACAUUUGUGUUGUUACUGUCUUAUUCCAAAAUGAAAUAAAACAAUUUUAUUACUCAAAAUUCUACACUCAAUACCCCAUAAUGACAAUAUGAAAAGUUUUUUUUUUUAAAUCAGCAAAUAUAUUACAAAUAAAUAACUACAAAAAAAAAAUGACAUGGACAUAAAUAUUCACAGCCUCUGCUCUAUACUUUGUUGAUGCACGUUUGGCAGCAAUUACAGCUUCAAGUCUUUUUGAAUAGGAUGCCACAAGCUUGGCACACUUUGGGCAGUUUUGCCCAAUCGUCCUUGCAGCACCUCUCAAGCUCCAUCAGUUGGACGGAAAGCGUUGGUUUUCAUCCAGGAUGUCUCUGUACAUUGCUGCAUUCAUCUUUUCCUCUAUCCUGACUAUAGUCUCUCAAUUACGGCCGCAGAAAAACAUCCCCACAGCAUGAUGCUACCACCACUGUAUGGAUGGUAUUGGCCUGGUGAUGAGCGGUGACUGGUUUCUUCCAAACACGAUGCCUGGCAAUCCUGCCAAAGAGUUCGAUCCUUGCCUCAUCAGACCAGAGAAUUGUGUUUCUCAUGGUCUGAGAGUCUUUCAGGUGCAUUUUGGCAAACUUUACUAAGAAAUGGUUUCUGUCUUGCCACUCUACUAUAUAGGCCUGAUUGGUGAAUUGCUGCAGAGAUGGUGGUCCUUCUGGAAAGUUAUCCUCUCUCCACAAAGGAAUACUGUAAUGCUGAAAAAGUGAACACCGGGUUCUUGGUCACCCCCAUGACUGCAGCAAUAUACAAAGACAUCCUGGAUGAAAACAAACACUUCGCAUCCAACCUGAUGGAGAUUGAGAGGUGCUGCAAAGAGGAAUGGGUGAAACUGCCCAAAGAAAGGUGUGCCAAGUUUGUGGCAUCGUAUUCAAAAAGACUUGAAGCUGUAAUUGCUGUGGUAUGUGUGUGGAAUUUUGAGGACAAAAAUUAAUUUAUUCCAUUUUGGAAUAAGGUUGUAACGAAAUGUGGAAAAAAGUGCAGCGCUGUGAAUACUUUCCGAAUGCACUGUAUCUAGAAAAGGAGAGACUAGUUCCACCAAAACAGCAAUUCAAGUGUAUUUUAUGAAAAGAGUAAUUGUUUGAUAGCAAAUUUGUAUUAGUUUGUAAACAUAUGACAUCAUCCAAAGCACACCUAAGAUCGCUUUAAAAGCUCCUCUUUCCGUAUAUGCUCGCUGCUGCCUCAUCAGUGAGCCCAGUGUAGUAUUUUGCAAAUAACUUGUCAAAUCUUGUGUUCAAGUCCAAGUAUUUCAAUAAACUUUAAGGCUAUUCUAAUCAAG